AACCUGCUGCAGUAGGAGGGGCAGUUGGAUCUGUAACUCUUCUAUUGAUCAUAGUAACUGCAGGAAUAGUACUUACUCGAUGGAAAAGAAGAAAGAAAGAUACAUCGAAUGAAGAGACUAAUAUAAAUGAAUUUUCUUCUGUUGAUGAGCUUUUAACAAAGGAUGAAAACAUUCAGGAGAUGGAAAUGAAUGUAGUUGAAAAUCCAAUAAUGAAUUCAAAAUCAAAUGAACAAACAAGAAAAACAAAAUUAGAAAAGUCUGUAGCUGUGACAGAUUUGUACAGAAUAAUUCUUGUUUUGUCUGAAAAUGAGAACGCCAGAAUCAAAGAAGAAUACAGGACAAUUCCAAGUGGUGAACUGUAUCAGUGUUACGAAGGGAAAAAGCCAGAGAAUGCUGCAAAAAAUCGCUACACAACAAUUUUCCCUUAUGACCAUUCUCGGGUUGUUCUCCAAGCAACAGAAAAGCAAUCAGACUACAUAAAUGCUAAUUACAUUGAGGACGCACAUAAAAAGAAAUCAUACAUUGCCACUCAAGGACCAAUAUCAAAGACAAUUGCUGAUUUCUGGAAAAUGGUCUGGGGAGAAGAUAUUAGUGUGAUAAUCUGUCUUACAAAUGUAAAGGAUGGAGGAAGGACCAAAUGUGUUCAAUACUGGCCGACUUCUCAUAACAAAACCAAGAAUGGAGAAAUAAGUGUACGGAACCAAGAGGAGAAAACAUUUGCUGACUAUGUCGUCAGGCAUUUCCGCCUACAGAAUAGCUCGGACAAGACAGAGCGUGACGUGUUUAUGUUCCACUACACACAAUGGUCAGACCAUGAUGUCCCAGAACCACUGAGUUUGGUUAUAUUUCACCGUCACGUGAUGAAAAUUUCAAAUGGACACCCUGGCAAAUACACUCUUGUUCAUUGCAGUGCAGGGAUUGGUAGAACGGGAACCUACAUAGCACUGGACGCCCUCUAUAAAGAAGGGGAGAUAACUGGGAAAGUCAACGUACCAAAGUAUGUAGAAGCAAUGAGGAAAGAUAGGAUGAACAUGAUCCAAGGCUUAGAUCAAUACAAAGUUGUCUAUAUGGCAUUACUUGAAUCAUUCAGAGGAAAAUCGAGGCCCAUCUCAACAGAAACAUUUCUACAGGAGUUCCAGGAACACUCAUGUUAUAUCAACCUCGGAGAGGUGGCCAAUAAAUCCCCAAUGUCUGCAGAAUAUGAGGAAUUGGUGUCCGUAAGGAAAAAAUACACACCCGAAGAUUACAAAUCAGGGAGAGCAUUUUUAUCAGCCAAUUAUUCUCCUACUGUUUUGUCUGUUGAAAGAUAUAUGUGUAUGCUGUCCAAUACGAAAGGACAGAACGUCUAUUACAACGCAGUUUCUGUACAGUCUUUUACAAAGAGUGACCAUUUCAUCAGUGCCCAGUACCCUCUCCCAGAUUACACGGAAAAUUUCCUGAGACUUGUAAAGGGAUAUUAUACACCAACCAUUGUAUCACUCUCUCCAUUGAUGGAAAUUGAAUCGUCUUCCCUUUGGUUUUCAGCUGAAAAUGAAAAGAAACAAGUUGGAACAUUCACUGUAAAAAUGACAGAUUAUACACAGUCAGAAACAGUCAACAGGACAAACAUUGUAUUGCAACAAAAGGGUUUAAGCGGCAUGAGAGUGUCUGUAUUGGAAUGUAAACGAAGGAAAGGAGAGAAUGACAAAAUAAAUCGUAGAGCUCUAAUUGACCUAAUUACAGAGGCAAAAAUAGAAGAAAAAACUCACCCGGAUGGAAGGAUCCUCAUUUUGUCAAGUGACGGAGCCAAACGAUGUGGGUCAUUCUGUGUGGUGUUGAACGCUGUAGAACAAAUGACAUUGGACAAUGAAGUGGACAUAUUUACCAUCACAAGACAACUCCAAAUUACACGACCAGAGUUCAUAUCAAGUUUGGAAGAGUACCAGUUAUGUUACAACACUGUUGCUGAUUAUCUACAGACUGACAUGGUGUACGCCAACUGCUAGAUACUUCUUCCUACAGGUUGGGAUUAUACACGGAAUGACGCCUCCCAGAUAUAGGGUCGAAACCUCAGGCAGUGGAUAUGUUCCUUUUCCAGUUCCAAAACAUUGUUCUAAUUUUUUUUUCUUAGCACUAGUUUCUGCGACUUGAUAAAAUGAACAUUUGUCUCAUAGAUAAAUCUGAUUUUGCUUCUAGUAUAAGAAAUGACAAUGAUUGCUAUUUUUGUUAACCUACCUGAACUACAAGUUAAGUUUCUGUAAGUUUUGUUUAGCGUAUGUUGGUCGUGUUUUAGCUGUUCAUUUUCUUUUCAAGUGUCACUCUGGACAAAUUUAAAAACACUGCCACAGGACAUUUUUGAAUGAAUUCAUUUUUUUCACAACAGAGAUAUACUCCUUCAAGUGAGAGAUAACUUAUGUGUAGUAUAUAAAAAAGAUUAUGGCAUUUAAAAAUAUUCAAGAAAUGCUGUACCAAACAAGAAAACUUUAGUGAAAACAUUCUUAUAAAUUCGUAUUUGUUAUACCUUGGUCCCCGCCCGGCAGCGAUGUGGCGACGUCGACAGGAGAGGGUAGUUUCAUGUAAAAUGGGAGGGUGCUUUCUUUUCAAGCACAAAAACUUAUAUUUAGUCAAAUUAAUAUAUAAGCUUGUGUCAUAUCCCCAUGGAAAAAUAGUAGAUUCAAGCUUACUCUAAUAUUUAUCAUGGACCCCCCCCCCCCCCCCCCCAUGGAACCACAAUAGGGGAUCAAAGUUAACACGUUGAUGUAUAAGAAAAUUCUUUGAAAAUUUUCUCUUCAAUGGCAAUUGAUACAUAAAUUAAUGGAUUGAUUAUAUUUGAGAAAUUCAGAUUAAGAUUUGUUUAAAUCACCCCAUGGAGCUUAGUUGGAGCCAAAAGAGAGAGUAAAGUUUCCACGGGAAUACUUAUGGAAGAUAUCCGUUAAUAUCCUAUAUUCAGUUCAACCAUCCACAAUAUAUCUGAUUGAUGUGCAAACAUAUAUCUCCGUGUAGUGUCAAUUUUGAUCAAAUCAUGGCAUCUCUUGGGUUAAUAUUGUACACAGAUUUUGCUCUGAAAAAUCUGGGUACGAAUUUAAUAUUUUCCAUAAGCAUCCUUUUGCCGUUUUAAAUUCAGAUUGCUGAAGCCAUUGACUUCUAAGAAAGGAUACUAGUAAUGUGAAUCGGGUGAAUAUUGUGGCCCCUUAACCAUCUUGUAUUAAAUUGUGAAUUUCAUUUUUUUUUUUAACUCUACCCAAAAACCAGGCUAGAGUGUUUGAUAUUUCACAGAUGUUGAUAAUUUAUUAGAAAAUUCCACCAGAAAAUUAAGUUGAUCUCUGAUGAAUUUCAGAAUGUUGCUGAUGCAUCAUAUUCGUCAAACUUAUUUUUAUUUGGAAAAUGAUCUUCCUCAACUUAAUAGUACCUUAUUUAUUGUUGUUUUAAGAAACAGAUAUUUCAAUGUUUAGUAGA